AUGCACGACGCCAAACUAAUUUGUGCCAAUCAAUGCAGCACAGGAAAAUUCGGUGACGAGUGCAAGCAAACAUGUGCGAACUGCAAAGGUUCGAACUGCCAUCAUGUGAAUGGGACAUGCGUUGAUGGGUGCAUUGCUGGGUAUACCAAACCCGAUAUUGGAUGUGUAGAAAAACUUGUAGAGUACAGCUCUUUUGGGCUGGCCGCUGGUGGAGUUGCCGCUGUUGUUGUUUUGGUUGUUAUCGUCGUGGCCAUAGUCAUCACAUGGAAGAGACGACCAAGGAAACUCAGGACUGUUAAAGAUGACGUCACUGAUUUAAGAUUUACAUCUCCUCCAGAUAGAGGUACGGAUAACGACGAAGAGAGUUUAAGCGACGACGAUUUGUUACAGAUGCAAGUCUACAUCAGUUCCAAGACGGAGGAUGAAAACAUAUAUGCAAAUAUUGGACAGAACAAGAUCGACGUGACUAACCUGCAUUCGUUCAUUCAGGGCAAGACGGAGAAGGAAUUUAAGGAAGAGUAUGGGUUGCUGCCGUCUGGACUACAGGCUUCUCAUGAUAUUGGGAAGAAACCAUACAACAAAAUUAAAAAUAGAUUCGUGGCCAUCUUUCCUUACGAUCAUUCUCGAGUUCAGCUUGAAUUAACCUCGAAAGGCAAGUCAUCAGAUUACAUCAAUGCCAACUACAUAGACGGAUACAAGAAGGAAAAGGCAUUUAUUGCAACACAAG